UUUCCUGCACUUCGAGAGUUUGUCGGCACAGGAAAACCCGUAUGGGGAACCUGUGCUGGGCUCAUCUUCCUUGCUAACAAGGCAGUAGGGCAGAAAACAGGAGGCCAGGAGCUUGUUGGUGGACUAGAUUGUACUGUCCACCGUAACUUUUUUGGUAGCCAGCUUCAAAGCUUCGAAACAGAACUUUCAGUGCCAAUGCUUGCAGAGAAGGAAGGAGGGAGUCAUACAUGCCGUGGCGUAUUUAUACGAGCACCUGCUAUCCUAGAAGUAGGCCAGGAUGUUGAAGUAUUAGCCGAUUGCCCUGUUCCUGCUGGCAGACCCAGCAUUACAAUAACAUCUGGCGAGGGUUUGGAGGACCAAGUGUACUCCAAAGAUCGUGUGAUUGUUGCAGUUCGGCAAGGGAACAUCCUUGCCACCGCAUUCCACCCAGAGCUAACAUCAGACUCUAGAUGGCAUCGCCUCUUCUUGGACAUGGACAAAGAAUCUCAAGCAAAGGCCUUGGCUGCGCUAUCGCUAUCUGCAUCCUCAAACGAUGCAGAUGUUGGGUCGAAGAAUAAGGCUCCUGAUCUACCCAUUUUCGAGUAGAGCUAGGAAACCCGAAAUUUGAUUAUCCGGUUGGUGACAGGAAAGGAUUCUGGGCAUUUGUUAUGCCCAGUCCAAAGAAUAUUUUUGGCGUCAAAGCUGUGCCAAUCAAAAUAAUGGCCAUUGUGCUCCAAACACUAUGAUAUUGCUAUGACAAGGAGGCUGACCAGUUGGAUUGGA